AUGAUGUAUUGCGAGUUGAGAGAAAUCAACUUUGGCAAAAAUCUUGAAAAUAUAGGAGGUGUUUCUUUUUAUUAUAAUAGCUAUCUGGAAAAAGUAAGUUUUAAUGCAGAUUGCAAUCUUGUUUCAAUUGGAGGUCAAGCUUUUGCUGGAUGCUCAAAAUUGAAAAGUAUCGUAUUACCUAAAAAAGUUAAAUCAUUAAAAGAUAGAUGUUUCCAAUAUGCUUCAGUGUUGGCAACAUUCUCUAUUCCAGCCGGAUCGGUUUUAAGCACUAUUGAAGAUUUAUCCUUUGAUAACACAGCAUUAACUUCAAUAUCAUUCCCGAAAACACUGACAUUUCUUGGAGUAAAUUCGUUCCAAUAUUGUAAAAGUUUGAAAUCUGUUACAUUUGCAGCUGGAACAAAUUUACCAACACUUGGUGGUGGUGUCUUCAAAUCAUGCACAUCAUUACCAACAAUUACAAUUCCAUCAACUGUUUCAACAUUUGAUCCAUCUGCAUUUGCAUAUUGUUCAAGCCUAGUCAGUAUAUACGUUCCUUCUGCAAACACACAUUAUACAAGUAGGGAUGGAAUUGUUUACACAUAUAAUAAGCAGAGACUCGUUUGUUGCCCGGCAGGAAAAGUAUCUGCAUUUAUUUAUAAUUACAUUAUUGUCAUCGGAUCAAAUGCAUUUUGGAGAUGUACAAAACUUCAGAAUUUGACAUUCCAAAGCGGAUGCAAACUAGAGACGAUUGAAGAUGGAACGUUCUAUUCUUGCACAGCACUUGUAAGAGUUGAUCUUCCAACAUCAUUGAAAACAGUUAAACAAAAUGCUUUUGCAGGUUGUACAAAGCUUGCAAUCAUUACAUUCCCUGACUAUGCACGUGUCAAUUUGGAUGCUGAUUCAAUAUUUUCAGAUUGUACAUCGUUGACAACAUUCACAUUCGGCAAGUUCUGUGCACUCAAAGUAUUUGGGAAGAAUAUAUUCUCAAAUUGUAAAAAAUUAACAACAGUAGUUAUUCCUGCAAAUUGUACAACAAUCCGAGAUAAUGCAUUUAAAGGAUGCCAAUCUUUGAAGUAUGUAAAAUAUCAGGCAAAGUCUAAAAUGUCAUCUUUGAGUUCUACGGCCUUUUCAGGAUGCACAUCAUUAACUAAUUAUUCAGUACCUGAUUCUUAUACCCAGAUAAGUUCUGCUUGUUUUGGUGGAGCACCGUCAAUUACAAUAGUAAGCAUUCCAACAGGAAUGAAGAUCAGCAAAAUCGUUUCAACUGCAUUUUCACCAUACAAACUAAAAUCUAUUACGAUUGCUUCAGGAACAACAAUAUCUUUUAUAGAAAGUUCUACAUUUGCAAACAAAUUGAUCGAUAACUUUUAUCUUGAUUGCAAAGUAUCACUUUCAUCUUAUGUAUUUAAAAAUUGCAGCAAACUCAAGAAAGUUUAUAUAAAGCAAAUAUCGAAUACUCCAAUUACCUCAGCAACCAACUUCAAAUACUCAAAAAGAUUAAUGUCAGCAACGAAAGAAUAUUACACAAUCCCGACUGGAACAUUCUAUGGUUGUAACAAUCUAGAGUCAGUCACCAUAAAUAAUAAUAUUGUUAAUAUCUCUGAUUAUGCGUUCACAGACUGCAGUAAACUCGUUUUCAAAAUUCCAAGUUCUGUGAAGAGAAUUGGAAACUUCGCGUUCAAGAACUGUUUCAACAUUAAUAAAGUUCCAGAGAAUGUUAUAUAUUUCGGAAAUUCAUCAUUCAUUGGGACAAGUGUUCCAAGUGUUCUUAGAAUUUGUUCCGGUACAAAGUUCAUCGGAUCUUCUUCGUUCAUGAGCACAAAAGUUCGAGUUGUCUAUUACUGCGGUUCUCGAGAUUUCUCUAAAUUCUAUCCUUCUUUCGAAAGAGGAACGAACGUUAUUGUUGGAUUGAGUUAUAAGCACAACGUAUUCUGUGGAUCGCCAAUAUUCCACAAAGCAUCGUACAUUUGCGACGACAUCAUCGAGACAAACUUCGUUGGAGUCGACAUCAUCAAGAAACAAAUGAAGAAUGAUUUGAAAACACAUGCAUCUCUUCUUCUGACUUCAUCAUAUUACCUUGGUUUAUGGUAA